AUGGAAUCUGCAAGCUAUAUCAGCAGCAACGAAAAUGCCGCCUUUACUCAUAUUCCAGCACAGCUUCCAUUCGUGGAUGAUAUGUUCCAUGAAUCCGUGGCAAAGUGGCCUGACAACAUAGCACUUGUUUGCGCCCACCAAGACCCAGAUCUCUACGAUAUCCCAAGCGUUGCUACACCAAGUCUUCAAGGGGUCGACGGAACUCGACCUGAGGAGAAUCGUCGGUACCUGCGAUGGACGUUCGAAAAUCUCAAGUCCGGUGUCGACAGACUCAAGGUCGGAUUGACAUCUCUAGGUGUUCGGCGCGGCAUGGCUGUCGUGACGUUCAUGCCGAACUGUGCCGAGUAUGUCCUGACGUGGUGGGCGACACGCGGAAUGGGCCUGGUGAUGGCGCCCAUAAAUCCGCGUAAUCUGUCCAAUAAAGAGGAGGUCGCGCACAUGAUUGCUACGAUUAUGAAGGGAACCGGAGAACAACCACCCAUUUUGGUGGCAUUUGAGUCUGAGCAUCUCGAAUCGGAACCACUCAAGAAUGUUCAGGCCUUCGCCAAAAUCGUUGUCUCGUCUCCGUCAUCGCAGUCGCCGACUGAGAAUGUGUUAUUUGGGGACCUCAUGUCGAGUGGAGACAAGAAUGGUAAUGCCACUCAAAUUGGCUGCCAACACAAUCAGCAGCCCACGGACGACGAGAUCCUCUUCACCAGCGGCACAAGCUCGCGGCCUAAAGGGGUCAAGAUCGAGCAUCCCAUUCUGUCAUUGGGCAUGUACAAUUUUGCGAACACGCCCGGCUGUGAGCCCCGACCCGGCGACUUGUGGUUGGCUCUGACGCCCAACAACCAUGGCAUGGGGCGCGGAACGCUCACGUCGUCCAUGUGCUUCGGCGGCGGGACUGUAUAUCCCAGCUACUACUUCGACGCGCAAGACGCUGCGGACGCGCUGCUGAGGGAGCGCUGCACACAUGCGGCACUGGUGCCGACCUUGGUCAGGCUACUGGCCGAUUCCGUAGGCUUGCGGCUCCGGACGGCCGCAACAGACAGAAGUCUCCUGAGGACCAUUUUCCUCAGCGGCGCACCACCUACUCGAGCUGAUAUGCAGGAAUGUGUCGACAUCCUCGGCAUCCAAUCGAUUUCAUCCGUGUAUGGGAUGACUGAGGGGGCCGAAGCGAGUUCUCCCGCGUGUAGUGACUGGAUGAAGCUGUUCAACGAGGAAGGGAUGCUCUCGGUGGGAAUCCCGCGCAGCCGCGGGGCGGCAAUCAAGAUUUGUGCGCCGGAUGCUACGGGGCCUGAUCGACCACCUCUGCCCCUCGGGACUCCGGGUGAGAUUCACUACCACGGGCCUGAACGCCAUCCUCGGUCGGCCAUUUACAUUGGAAAACCAGAUGCAGACAACUCCACCUAUACUGAUGGACAAGGAAGGCGGUGGUUUGUCACAGGCGAUCGGGGCGUCGUCGUCGUCGCUGACGGGAAGCAACUGUAUAUCAUGGGUCGCUGCAAAGACAUGAUUGUUCGCGGCGGGGAAAACAUUGCUCCUGCCGCGAUCGAAUCCUGUCUGGCUGAUAAUCCGGCGCUUGGGUCCCUGUCGAUCCAGAUUGUCGGGACCCCAGACGCGAUCGCUGGAGAAGUCCCCGUCGCCGUUGUGGCAACAAGAUCAGAGAACCUGAGGGAUGUGGCAGACGAAAUCCAUCACACAAUACUCCAGAAGAUGGGCCCAAUUUUCCUUCCCAGCCAGGUCAUCCCGCUGGCAGCACUUGGCAUCACCGAGUGGCCUCGAACAUUGACAGGAAAGAUUCGCAAAGCCGAGGUCGCGGACCUUGUCAACAAAUUGAUCAGAAGCAGCGACAAAGACGUCGAUGAAGGCAGGACGCCACCGAAGAGCGGCCAUGUGGCAAAUGAGGUACUUGGGAUUUGGGCUCGGUCGAUUGGUCUCACGGAGACCAGCCUGACCACACAUCAACCCCUCUCUGAGUUUGCCGACAGUCUCACGAUUGCGCGAGUAAUACGCAGGAUCAAACGAAACAUACCCGGUUGUGGCAGCCUGUCUGCUCAACAGUUGGCACAGUGCGAAACCAUUCAGGCUCAAAUCGACCUUGCUGUGAGAGAAGCAAGAGAGCAAGGAGAUGCUCAUAAUGGCAAAGGUGCCAAAACCAGUCGCGUGUACCCAUCAGAUCAGCUCGGCCCUCCCGGUAUCGAGGACAUGGUCCACCUCACCGAGCAGCCGAACUUGUUCGACCGGACCAAGAAACUAGUACUCAAUACUAUCAGCCAGCACGAGUUUGGUUGGGACGACGUGGAGGAUAUUUUCCCAGCGCAAGCUUGUGUCAGCGAGCUUGCCAGAAGUGGUGUGAUUGAUAGCGCCCGUUUUCACUUCGUCGAUCUAAUGACGGCGGAAAGUGAUGUCGAGCGGGUAAAACAAGCAGUACAGACUAUGCUGUGUAAUAAUCGCAUCCUGGCUUCCUUUGUCGUUUGGGAUCAGGAAGGUCAAUCUGACCUCGAGCGAGAACUAGCACUCCACGUCACGCUUCGGCACGGUGAGAAGUUAUUCGACCGCGUGAUUCAGGUGGCAGGGGCAGUGAAGACAGUUGAAGAUCUCCAACAGCUCGCAAUAAAUUGUCCGGAACCGGAUCGAGCCCUCCUUCCAGGUAUCAACUUCCGGGCGCUCAUCUACACUGUCGAGGAGACAUCGACUGUGGGAUUGCUCUACAUAGAUGCGAGUAGCAUAUGGAUGUUCCAGGAGGAUCUAGAGUGUAUAUUGUCCGCCCAGCAAGUACCACCGCACGUCAACUAUAAGGUCUGGGCCGACAUGUACUACUCGUUCCGCAGCUCUCCCCAGGCCCGUAGUGCCGUUGAUUGGCACGCAAAAUACCUGAGCGGCAUCGGGAACCACCUAGACAGAGCACCGUGGCCGCCGAUACCGCAUCGUGGACCUCUAGAUCCUACGGGGAGAAACUAUCCAGCUGGCAUCCAGUACUCGUUCCAAGCUCCGAACCUCGGUGCGCUGAGGAGACAAUACCCGGGUUUGUCCGCGCCGGUGAUCCUCAAGAGCGCCUUGGCGUUGCUCAACGUGUGGCACACGGGACACACACAUGCCAUAUUCUCGAGCUGUGAGGAUGGACGCACCAAAUGGCCGUUCAUGCCUGCGUUUCGCAGGACACAGAACGAUGGACCCCCUGAUGGUGGCUUGUUCAACGAUGCUCAAGACGUCGCCGGGCCAACUAUCCAGUUCGUGACUAACCUUGUAGAAGUCAGACCCUCCGAGACGGUCGUUGAUUUCCUCCACCGGAUGCAGGACGACCAGGUGAACUUGACAAGACACGCGCACGCGCCGUGGCCAGAAGUCGAGCAGGCUGCCGGCAUGGAGCGCGGCACCAUCAGGCGUAUCUUCACCACGAUGAAGUUCAACUGGGUGCCAGGUUUCGGCGCCCAGGCGCAGACGGAAAAGUCCAAGGAGCCCUUCCAGAAUUUCAAGAUCCUCGCUGCCGUGGCGCGGUGGCGGAUUGGCGCUCUUUGCAGGCUCGGCCUGGGGGGCUCGCAGAAUGAUACCGUGGUCAUGCAUCUGAUGGGGGAUGCCCUGAGUGGGGAGCAGAAAGUGCAUCUGGCCAAGAGGUAA